AUGGAUGCGGCGGAGACUGGAGGCACUGCCGUAGUUGAACUGGUAAGUGACCACUACUUCCCCUCUGACACCAAUGAGGCGGAGUACCAACAGCAGCAACUCCGCGGUCAUGGUAACCGUGAUGGCGGCCCGUCGACGCAACUGGGCUUGACCUCCACCAGCGGGCAGGAACUCGAGGGAUACAUCUAUUCCGACGCCGCGGUGUUGGAUCUGCAGCCGCACGCGUGGAUUUCAGUGCCCAGCGCAGCGGUGCGGCGACGCCGCUGGCGCCUCGUGAACUGCAUGUGGGAGCAGAACCCGCCCAUCGCCAUCACCAUCACGGAUCUUUCUUUAUCGGUGAAGCCAACCCAAGAGUCUCUCUGGGUGGUUCCUCAGGAGGCCAAUGCCUCCACCACCGACGCGUUGCAACAGGACUCUUCUUCUCUGCAGGUACCACACGAGAAGGCAAGCGCCAAGGCGGGCGAGUCUUUACGCGAUGAGCAUGUCGUCACUGAUGGCAGCGUAGCGGCUAAAGACUCGCAUCCGCUAGUGAUGGCGCCAGGCUCAGCGGGCUCUUGGAACAUAACGAAAUGGCGACUGGCCGAUGCACCGUACUUGCAGCGAGGCUUCACAAGCGACGUGUUUCCGUCCGAGUGUCGCCAACUCCUCGAAGACCUCCCCAUUGGCACACAGAUGGAGGACUGGAGCAUGUUUGUUGUGGCGGCCACGCUCAGCUUUUACCAGCGGCAAGCACACGAGUGGGCAACCUCAUGGUGGACGUGGUGUGCUGAACUGAGUGGCAGGGGCGGCAUCCUACUCCCUGGGUGGCUGACUGCGCCAAGUGCAGGUGCUACCGUGGAUGGAAACCUAUUAAGCGUGGCCGGGAGCGUCACUACCACAGCCACCGCCGCUGCUUCAGCAGUGCUUGCGCCACUGCUCAGCGUACUGUACGCUCUGAGCUGCCUGCUACGCGCUGGGCAUCAUGCGCUCGCCCAAUUGUUGUCGUAUGAGACACUGCUCACUCUUCCAGCGAAAGAUUCCAUAAUGUGGAGCCUUGUCACCAACGAUCUGUGGAGGCUGCAGAUGGAACUGAUGCUCCUCAGCAUCGCCUUCAUCUUGCUUUUCGUGUGCGCGGUCGUGGUCAUGCGCUACCGGAAGUACACCGAGACUUUGGAGUCGUGGGAGGCAGAGAUGACGAGACACAAUGCGGCAGAGGUGGCGAAGUGGGCAGCGGAAAUGGACCUGCGGCAGCGAGUGGUGCGCACCACAACAUCCGCUGGCGUCGCCACAGGAGAGCCCUCCACCCACGCCAAUGCGAGCGGCGACAGCAGCAGCGGCCUUUUCAAGGCCCCUGCGAGAGCGUCAUCGGCGUCCCUGAGUGGCUGCGGCAGCCUUCGAAGGGAGCCGUUGGCAGAGAUGCCGCGUGAAGUGUUGGACAGCGUCUCCAAGUGCCAAGAUAGUUCUUUGUGGUAUGUUGACAGCGAGGGAGCAGCCUCCAUUGUUUCCUCCCAGCGCCAGCUGCGCGAGAGCAGCGACAGUGGUACGAGCGACGCAUCGAUGCCUCAGUUCUCUGGUGAGCUGCUUCAGGACUCUUUCCGAGGUUGUGGCGCUACUGCUGAUGGCGGCGUUGACGUAGUCGGAGGCAACGCAACUAAGCCGGUAAGGGUAUCUGCUAGCCUUUUCCUUACUGAGCAAGAACCUUCCGUUGCCACUGGUGAUGAGUGGGUAGUUGCAGGGGGUAGCCGAUAA